AUGGAUGAGAAGAAAAGGAAACGACCUACACGUAGAGAGUCCUCCAGUGAGACUCCAACCAGGUCACAGAUGAGUACCACUCCCAGCAAGAUUUCUAUCAAGAGUAACAGAUCCAUGUUUGAGCCAGUCGGCUUUGAAAGACCAUUAACUGAGAAGCCAUCCAUCUGUCCAGUUUGCAAAGAUGUUAUGAGGGAUCCAGUUCAGCUCAUCUGUCAACACUGGUCUUGCAAAUCAUGUCUCAGCUCAGAGUUGGACCAGUCUGAUUCACCAGCAGAAAACCCUCAAUGUCCUCAAUGUGGGAAGAAAUCCAGGAAAAUAUCUAAACAAGAGAAAGACACAAAGGGACAUAUUAGUUACGUCCAUCUGUUGGAGGUAAAGAAGAAAUUUAAAGCAAUGAAAGAAAAAUAUUCUUCAGUCUCCGAAGGUAAUGGUGAUAAACCAAGUUCCCUGAGCAAGAUCUACACAGAGCUCCACAUCACCACUGGAGAGAGUGAAUGGCCACAUGAGGAGCACGAGUUUAGACUACUCAAACAAAAACAGAAAAUGCAACCAGGGUAUAAAGACUUGGUCAGUCUCAGUAACAUCUUCAAACCUUUGUCUGAUCAACAAAAACCCCACAGAACAGUUGUGACAAAGGGUGUUGCAGGCAUUGGGAAAUCCGUUGCUGUGCAGCGAUUCAUUCUUGACUGGGCCGAGGAGAAGGCAAACCAGGAUGUUGAUUUUGUUUUCAGUCUUGCUUUCAAAGAGAUGAAUUUGAUUAAAAGUGAGAAAAGUCUGCAUGAGCUCCUGACUUUGUUUCACCCUGAUCUCAAAGAUUCAGUGGAUUACACCAAAACCAAGAUUGUCCUGAUCCUGGACGGUCUGGAUGAAAGCAGGUUUCAGCUGGACUUUGAGGGCAUCAAGAUGAUAACAUCUGUCAGGGAAGCAGCACCUGUGGGUAAUCUCCUAGCAAACCUCAUCCAGGGGAACCUUCUUCCUGAUGCAAAUGUCUGGAUAACUUCCCGUCCAGCAGCAGCCAAUCAGAUCCCUUCAGAGUGCGUUGACAUGGUGACAGAGAUAAGAGGGUUCAGUGACCCUCAAAAAGCAGAAUACUUCAAGAGGAGAUUUAGUGAUGACCCGGCUCUUGCUGAAAGGAUCAUUAAACAUAUUGAGUCUUCACAGAGUCUCGACAUCAUGUGUCAGAUCCCGAUCUUCUGCUGGAUUUCUGCCGUGUUAUUCCAGGAAGUCUUUGGAGGAGAUGAAGAAACUGAAAUUCCUCAAACUCUCACAGAGAUGAUGGCACACUUCCUGUUUGCUCAAACAAAGUGCAGAAAGAAAUAUGAGAAGAAGGCUGAGACAAACAAAGAGAAGCUUCUGAAGACACACAGAGAAUUUCUUCUGAAACUCGGUAAACUUGCAUUUGAUCAGAUGCUGAAGAACAACCUCAUCUUCUACGAGGAAGACCUGGAAGCCUGUGGCAUCGACAUCAAAGAAGCAUCCAUCUACUCUGGAUUUUGCUCCACAGUUUUUCAGGAAGAAAAAAAUCCUUUCCCAGAAAAAGUCUUCUUCUUUGUGCAUCUGACCUUACAGGAGUUCUGUGCAGCUCUGUACGUCUAUGAGUGCUUCAUUAAAAAUGAAACCAAAGAGCUCCACAGCUUCCUCAGUCUAGAGGAAAAAGAACAUACUUGUGAACUUCUGAAGAUGACAGUAGACAAAGUGCUGGAUAAUAAAAAUGGCCACCUGGACUUCUUCCUGAGGUUCCUCCUUGGCCUCAUGGUUGAACCCAAUCAGAGAGUCCUUCAGGGUCUGCUGACUUCUCCAGCAAGUCAAGAUACUGACAAGAAAAUUUUGACUUACCUCAAGUCUAUCCGAAGGAAGACCCUCUCUCCAGACAGCAGCAUCAACCUUUUCCAGACCAUGGUUGAGAUGAGAGACCACAAAGUCAAAGAUGAGAUUCCGGAAUAUCUCAAACUGUCAGAUCGUUAAACAGAGUUGUCUCCUCUGCACUGCUCUACACUGGCCUACAUGCUGCAGGUAUCAGAGAAUGAUCUGGAUGUCUUGGACUUAAAGAGUUACAACAAAACAGUUGAGGGCAGAUGGAGGCUGAUACCAGCAGUGAGGAGCAGCAGAGAAGCCAUACUAGCAGACUGCAAAGUGACUGCAGAGUGGGUUGAACAUCUGGCCUUUGGUCUCACCUUCUCUUUCUCACCUCUACAACAUCUGGACCUGAGCAACAAUGACCUGGAAGAUUCAGGAGUGGAGCUACUCUGUAAAGGACUGUCCAGUCAGUGCUGCAGACUGGAAACUCUGAGGUUAUCUGGUUGUCUGGUAACAGAGAGAGGCUGUGAUUCUCUGGCCACGGCUCUGAAGGCCAACCCCUCCCAUCUGAAAGAGCUGGACCUGAGCUACAACCAUCCAGGAGAGCCAGGAAAGAAGACGCUCUCUGAGCUGAGGGAUGAUCCACGAUACCAGCUCAGCAAAGUCAAUUUUGAUCAUGGUGGAAGUCAGCGGAUGAAACCAGGAUUCAAGAAAUAUGCCUGUGAGCUCACUUUGGACCCCAGCACAGCCCACAAGAACCUGCUUCUCUCUGAAGGGGAAAGAAAGGUGACCUGGGUGGAGGAGGAGCAGCCAUAUCCCAAUCACACAGAGAGGUUCGAUCUCUGUCAGCAGGUGCUGUGUGAGCAGGGACUGAAGCGCUGCUACCUGGAGUUGGAGGUGUCAGAGCCCUUCUGUCUUGGGUUAACAUACAGAAGCAUUGGCAGGAAAGGGGAUGUGGACGACUGCAAGCUGGGACUCAACAACAAGUCUUGGUGUCUGAUUUGUUCUGAUGACGGUUGUUUUGUUUGGCACAGCAAACAGAAGGUCUGUGUAUCUUCUCAGUGUUUGCGCUCCAGUCGGGUGGGGGUGGUGUAUCUGGACUGGGAGGCCGGCACUUUGUCCUUUUACAGAAUUUCCUCCAAUAGUCUCAUCCGCCUCCACACCUUCAAAACAACCUUCACUGACGCCCUCUACCCUGCUGUUGCGCUUCACACCCAUUCCUCUGCACUCUUUAGCUAACAAAGUUUUUCAUGACUGCUCUGAAGCAAACCACUGAGGGCUUAGGUUUGAUCCAAAAUAGCUGGGACUUGAAUU